GGAAGCCUUUGAUAGGCAACAAUAAUCUAUAAAAGGGAAGUUAAAUCAAGGCCUGUGCAAUGUAUGAGUUGACAAGGUAAGAAUACUACUAUUAAAAUGGCUGAACAGAGUAAAGUUCUUAACACCCCUGCGGCAGAGAAACAAACCAAAAGAGAGUUGUUUGAUGCGCUAUGGCAGGAACUUGAAGCUCCAGUGCUGGAGAAAGCUUCUAAAUCUGUUUGGGAGCUAAUUUUGGACACUAAUGGUCUGGGGAAGGAAAUUAGUGAGAUGGUUGAAAAGGAGAUUCUUCAGAAGGUGUCUGGACCACCAAGAAGUUCUGGGCAAGGAAUGCAGAAAGUAGCAAGUUUAGGGAGCAAGGCUAAUGGAAAUAGUGUUCAUCCAGUACCAAAUAAUAUUCAAAGGUCAGGAGUGUCUGCCGUUCAAGGUCACACCAAGGACAAUGUUGAACAGUUUUCUGGGAGGGCAUCUGUAUCUGUGGAGGAAAGAGAUAACAAAAGUGUGAAUUCUGUUAGUAGAAUAGAAGAACAAGAAGUUGAUGGCUCUCGUCUAGUUGCUAUUCAGAGUUCUAAAGUGAAUAGCAUUAAGAAAAAUCACAGAAUAGGAAAGCAAGAGCUGAUGAAGUCAGUGCAAGAGCUUGCUUCUCAAGCAGCUUCUCGAGCCAAGGCUGAAGCUGCAAAAAACAUCACACCACCAAAGUCGGCUUAUCAAUUUGAGGCUUCUUGGAAGGGACUCUCUGAUGACCGUGCUUUACAGGCUCGUUUAUUGAAGGCUGUAUCUCCAACUGCAUUGCCACAGAUAUUCAAAAAUGCAUUGUCUGCUUCCCUACUAGUUGACAUUAUUAAAUGUGUCGCCACCUUUUUCACUGAAGAAAUGGAUCUGGCUAUCAGAUACAUAGAAAAUUUAACUAAUGUCUCAAGAUUUGACUUGCUCAUCAUGUGCCUUUCAUCUACAGAUAGAGAUGAUCUCCACAAGAUUUGGGAUGAAGUAUUUUGUAGCGAGGCAACGCCAAUUGAGUAUGCAGAGAUGCUUGAUAAACUUCGUUCAAGAUACUGCCUCAACCGGUGACAGGCGUGUUCUAAAAGAGAUCUUAGGGAUGGUCUUUGUGCUAUCACAUUUUCAUUUUUUGUCCUCAGCCAUCAUAAUCCUAAAUCACUUAACUUAAAUGUUGAAAUGCUCCACCACUAUUUGGCCUACUUUGUGGACCUUCAUAAAAACAAUCCAUGAAGGUCUGAAAUAUGUUCUUUUUCAUCUGGUUUGUUUACAUGAUCCCUUCAGGUCACGGCUAUGAUCCUUUGUUCCGAGUUUGUGCAUUUGUACAUAGGUAAUUGAUUUUGAUGACAUAUUAAGCCUUGA